AUGUAUUACGUUUACGCGCAAGAUACUGGCUUAUAUGAGAAACAAUUUCUCUUAUCCACUGAACGUGGUGAACUUGAAAAUGUUCGUAAAUUGCUAGAAAUUUAUAAAUCUACUGGUGCAUUUAAUAUUAAUUGUUUGGAUCCAUUAAGAAGGUCAGCACUUCAUAUAGCUAUCGAAAAUGACAAUAUUGAAUUAAUUGAAUUGCUAUUAGAAUAUAAUAUUAAUACUGGUGAUGCUAUCCUAUAUGCUAUCAUGGGAGAAAAUAUUAAAGCAGUUGAAAUACUUUUAGAAUAUUUGGAAAAAAUUGGCAAAUUUACACCUGAAACUCAAGGUGUUGAAAUUACUGCAUAUUCAGCAUUUACAUGCGAUAUGACACCAAUCAUUCUUGCAGCUCAUAAAAAUAAUUAUGAAUGUAUUAAGUUAUUAUUGGAUAAGAAAGCUACCAUACUCCAUCCACAUGAUAUACGUUGUUUGUGCAAGGAAUGUGUACAGGCAAAAGCAGAAGAUUCUUUAUGUUUCUCACGAUCACGUAUUAACACAUAUCGGGCACUGACCAGUCCAUCACUUAUCUGUUUAUCCUCAAAAGAUCCUAUAUUGUAUGCAUUUGAGCUCAGUUAUGAGCUUAGGCGCUUGUCAAAUAUUGAAAAUGAAUUUCGAAAUGAAUAUCAGGAGCUCAGUCGAAAAUGUCAAUCAUUUAGUGUAAAUAUGCUGGAACAGGUACGCGGAUCUAAGGAAUUAGAAAUUAUUCUUAAUCAUACUACAAAUGCAUGGGAAGAAGUGACCGAAAGGAAGAGUGCUAAUUUUUGUCAAAAUUUAGCAAGAUUAAAACUUGCUAUUAAACUUAGACAAAAAAUUUUCGUUGCACAUCCAAACUGUCAACAACUGUUAUCAGCGAUAUUUUACGAGGGUCUUCCCGGAUUCCGUGAUCGUCAUAUUGUCACAAAGAUGUUGAUUAUCUUGGGAGUAUUAAUAGCUUCACCGUUAUUAGCUAUUAUUUAUGUUGUUGCACCCAAAUCGUCGUUUGGUGAAUUCGCUCGCCGACCGUUCAUUAAAUUUUUAUGCCAUUCAGCUUCAUAUUGUUUUUUCCUUUCUCUACUUAUUCUUGCUAAUCAACGAAUCAGUUAUGAUGUAAUCUUUAAUACAAAAUCUGUAUCAUCGAUAUAUAAUGCGUAUGAUAAUAAAGAUAUAGAUCUUAAAGAAGUACGUGGUCCACCACCAACACUUGUUGAAUUAGCUAUUCUUGCAUGGGUUUUCGGUUUGGUAUGGGUUGAAAUCAAGCAAUUAUGGAAUGAAGGCCUUUGUGAUUACUGUUCCGAUCUAUGGAAUAUCCUUGAUUUCGUAACUAACGCAUUGUAUUUAUGUACUGUUGCACUUCGAGUCGUUGCUUAUUUGCAGGUUGAAGCAGAAAUUCGUAAUCCACAAAUGCGACAUUUAGGACGUCAUAUCUUACGACGUGAUUGGGAUGAAUGGGAACCAACGUUAAUCUCAGAAUGUGCCUUUGCAACGGCUAAUAUUUUCUCAUCCUUGAAAAUGAUUCAUAUAUUCACUGUUAAUCCACAUCUUGGACCACUUAGGAUAUCACUUGGUCGUAUGGUUUUGGAUAUUGUCAAAUUUCUUCUCAUUUAUUUUCUUGUGCUAUUUUCAUUUGCAUGUGGUUUGAAUCAAUUGUUGUGGUACUAUUCAGCGAUGCGUCGACAGGAAUGUGAAAAAUAUCAAUCACUGAUGAGCAGCUCAUAUCAGAAUGUGCCAGUAAAAGAAUUGAUUCGAAUGGAAGAAUCAUGUGAUCCAAAAUAUCGCGCUUGCGAAAGUUUAUACAAUUCAAUGGAAACAUUAUUUUGGUCAUCAUUUGGUAUUAUUAUUUUGGAACAAUUAGAAAUCGUCGAAUCACAUGGCCCAACUAAAUGGACAGGCCGUACAAUACUUGGCUGUUAUUGUUGUUGUUCGGUGAUCGUCCUUUUGAAUAUGCUUAUCGCUAUGAUGAGCAAUUCAUAUCAGGAUAUUUAUAAUCAAGCAGAUGUUGAAUGGAAAUUUGCUCGAAGUAAACUUUGGAUUGAAUAUUUCGAUGAUACAGCAACCGUUCCUCCACCUUUCAAUAUGAUUCCAAGUCCGAAAAGUUUAUUCUAUUGUGUUCAAUGGUGUUUAGAAUGCAUUUAUAAAUCAAAUCGAACUGUUGGUUAUAAUUUUCGUAGUGUACGGAAUCAAAAAAUUCUCAAAACGAUCAACAAAAGAGAGAAUAAUUAUCGAUUUGUAAUGCGUAAUUUGGUAAAACGAUACAUUGCUCAUUUGCAACGUUGUAAACAACAAGCUGAAAGUAUUACUGAAGAUGAUAUAGCAGAAAUUAAGCAGGAUAUCAGUACUUUCCGAUACGAAUUACUUAGCAUUCUACAAAAUGCUGGUUUCAACACCGGUGAUAUCAAUCUUAAACAAAGAACAAUUCAUCGAAGUAAGAAACGAAGUUUAAAUGCGGAACGUCGAUUAUUGAAGGAUACAACGGAAUUGAUUAGUAUUCCAAUGCCGGAACGAUUAUUGAAUGGUACCAGUGACGAUGAUGAAAAAGAAGAGAAUCAUGAAGUUGAUCGAAAAGAACGCAGAGGUUUACCUGUUCCAAAGCCAGCAGCGAAAUUUGCAAGCAAACUUAAGAAGGUACUACCACAUACAAGAACAAACGAUGCUAUUAUUAAGCCACGUUUUGUGAGGAAUGCACCAGGUGGAUGGCCGUUUAUUUCGCAUGGUUUAGAAAGGAAUCUUAAUGCCUUAAUCAAUGUCUACUCUUUACCUGUUGAUAUCAAACCACCAAAAGUAGCGCAACCGACUAUCAAAUCUCAUGUUAUUCAAGGCACGGAAGAGGAUGAUGAAGAUUUGGAGCUAGUUGUUGAUAGUGACGAGGAUGAUACCAUUGAUAACGAUAAAGAAGAUAGUAUCAGUCAGAGCAGUACAAAAAAUGAUAAAAUAAAUCGCAAGUUUCGUCACUUUUCCAAGAAAGCACGUCGUUAUCGUUCGGACAGUAUUUGUUUGGAAAUGGGUUAUCAAGAAGAUCCACCAUUUAAAUCGUGA